AUGUAUUCAUCUUUAUCAACAAAAUUUCUGGACAUAGAUCUGAAGAUAACUGACAUAUACUACCAUCCAAAAGAAGUUCUUGUGAAAUUUCAGGGUAUAUAUAACACAGAAUGUGAAUUUGACUAUCACAUAUUACAAAGUGAGAUACAGUGGGUAUCAAAAGUGAAAGACUCAGUUGGUGUUGGUGAGUUUUGUUUAGUAGAAGAUUCAGAACAUGGAGAAUGGUACAGAGGAAGAGUAGUACAGAAGAAGAGCUACAUGUAUGAAGUAUUUCUCAUAGACAGUGGGAAAAUACUCACAGUACAUGAAACAGAUAUUGCUUCUGCCUUUGAUGAGUUGUUUCAGCUACCUCCAAAGAUAGUGUGUGGGAUAUUUGCAAAUAUACUUCCAGUUGAUGAAAAAUGGAAUCCUAAAGCUUUGAAUUACUUUUCAUCCUUAAGAGACCUACAAAUUAAAGGCCAGGUACAGGCCAUUCUCCCACACCAAACUUUUCUCCUUGAUGUGCCUAAAAUCACUAGUGAUGUGAUUGAACUAAAGUUAGCAAAACUUGUUGAUGGAGAUACAUUCCGUCUCAUUGUAGAAAUGUUAACUGAAUUUCCACAAGUGACCCUUUGUAAACAAAUGCCAGAUUUACUUCAACAGAAGUACACAAGGCCUGACACUGUGUGUUUCAGUGCUGGAAUUCAACCUGAUGUUCAGCUGGUUCUGAAUAGCUUUCAGCCACUUUUAUCUGUUGGUGCGAUGGAGCAAGUAAAAAUAUCAGUGGCAGUCAGUCCAGGUAAAUUUUAUUGUCAACUACUACGACACCAAACGGAGCUGGAUAAGUUAACAAUAGGCAUGUGUUCCUAUUAUGAAAAUAUUGGUAAAGAAAAUGUUCCAUCCUGUGACAAUCUUGGAGUCCUCUGUGCAGCAAGACGAAAAAAUGGUCAGUGGUACAGGGGGGUGAUACAACAACUGUUUUCUGAUAACAAAGUGAAGAUAUGGUUUAUGGAUUUUGGUGACUAUGAAGCUGUACCUUCUCGUUGUGUUUUGAAGCUUCAACCACAAUUCAUUUCAGUACCAAGGUUUUCGUUUCCUUGUGCACUGUCAUGUCUUACUGAUCAAGAUGAGGCUGUAAGAAAUAAUCAACUAAAAGAAUUUAAGAAAGCCCUCUUAAGACAAAAUGCUCUUUAUGCGCAGAUUGACCUGUUCAAUUCUGAUGAACAUUUGUAUUACAUCACACUACGUAAACAACAACUAACAAUGAAGAAUGAAUAUCAGCCUCCAGGGAACAAUGUAGUUCCAAAAUGCUAUUCUUCCUUUAACACAGAAUUUUCUCACGUAAAUGGAGACACAAAAAUCUCCUCUGUUCGCCCUGUCUUUCCUGGGUGUGUUCAAAGAAAAAUUCUACAAUCAAUACAGCAUUCAGACCAAAAGGACUCUGAUUUAAUGUGCUUUUCCUUAACAGUCCCUUGCAAAAGAGCAGAAAUGAAAAUAGAUUCUGUCUGUGUUGCGUUUGUAGUGUAUGUCUUGAAUCCAUCUAAUUUUUGGGUUCAAACUAAUGAUUAUUUCGAUGAGUUUGAAGUCUUAAUGAAAAGAAUUUCAGAUACAUAUGAUGCAAAUGAAGCGGAAUAUAAGAUGUUGGAAAAGCCAGAACCUGGAAAGCUAUGCUGUGCACGAUAUAGUGAGGAUAUGCAUUUCUACAGGGCUGUAAUCAGGGAGGUGGUGGGCAGCAGUAUUAAGGUUUGGUUUUUGGAUUUUGGGAAUACUGAGAUAGUGCCUUUCUUUGAUGUGAAAGUUUUGCUUCCAGAGUUCCAAAAAUUGCCAGCUUUAGCCAUAUGUUGUUCACUUGCUAAUGCAGUUUCAACUGAAGAUGUAUGGACAAAAAAAGAAACAGAUUUCUUUAAAUCACUUGUGUUCGGCAAACAGCUCACACUCCAUCCCAUUGUCGAACAAAAUGGUGAAUACAUUGUCAAUGUACAGAGCAUGACUGGCUCAAAGCAAGAUGACAUUCUCAUGCUUAUGGUUCAGGCGGGAUGUGCAGAAUAUUGGGAAUUAAAGCAAGAUCCAUUUUUUAAAAUAGUCUAUGGUUCUCAAGUAUGUUGUUCAAAACAAAAAAACAAAAACACCCACAGUAAAUCACAUAUUUGGGAAAAUAAAGUUGUGAUAGCUAAUAAUGCUACUCACAGUAAAAAAAAGAUGAGUACUUAUCCUUUGACAAAAAACCCUACUCUUACUUUCCCAAGGUGGGAAAGCAUACUUUCCAGUAGAUGUAGAAAAGUAUCUAAAGAAAUUGAUAGUCCCUAUAAAGAGUACAAGUUUAAACCAGGAAGUGUAUCUGAUGUUAUAUGUUGUCAUAUUAAUUCACCUGGUGACUUUGCAUGUCAGAUACAAAAUAAAUUACAAGAACUAAAUAAGUUGAUGAAAGAAAUGCAAGCUUAUUACAACUGUCAAACAAUGCCGUAUGAAGAUGGGCAGUGUGCCUGUGUUGUGAAGCAUUCUAAAGAUGGGAAGUGGUACAGAGCAGCUGUACUGAAACGUGUGUCUAAGAAAAAGGUUGAUGUAGCAUUUGUAGACUAUGGUAACCAAGAAAGGGUUUUGUUGAAACAUCUUCAAGCCAUUCACCCAGACUUUUUGAUCUUGGAAUGUCAAGCAUUCAGAUGUUGUCUUAAUAGUUUGACUGAAUCCUUAAUAUUUGAUCCAUAUAAUUGGACUGCAGAGGCAUGUAGUGACUUUGAACUCUUUAUUUCAUCUUCCAAUGGAUUACUGACUUGUACAAUUUCUGCACUAAUUCAUAAGAGUCCCAGCUAUUUAUAUCAUGUGGUUAACCUGCAGACUCCCUUUAUUAGUGCACACCAAUUUCUCUUAGAACGUGGUCAUGCCCAGUUUUGGUCUUUUGAAUUCACAAGAUCACUUAUACCAUCAUUAUCUCUGUACAGCUUUUACUAUUCAUCUUUUAAUAUGAAAAUUGGAUGUGGAGAAAUGGUAUAUGUAAGCUGUAUUUACAGUCCUAAAGAAUUCUAUUGCCAGCUAAAGAGAAACAUGGAUGAUACAGACAAACUCUUGGAAAGGAUAACAGAGAUUGUUCAAAUGAAAAACCAUGCAGACCAAAUCAGUACUCACAGUGUGUAUUUAGCUAAAUAUUUUGAAGAUGGCCUCUACUACAGAGCUUUAGCAUCUCCUGAGAGAUCAUCAGAUUACUGGCCUGUAUACUUUGUGGACUUUGGGAAUAAAGAAUUGGUAUCAAAAACUGAACUAAUUCCCAUUCCUGAUCAUGCUUCAGAGUUAAUAUUCACACCCAUGCAAGCUGUCAGAUGUUAUCUGUCGGAUCUAAAAGAUACUGAAAUACCGACUGAAAUAAACACAUGGUUUGAGAAGAAUUACUUGUGCAAAGAGCUAAAGGUGGUCAUAGUAUCUAAAGAAUCUGAUGGGCAGCUUGGUGUGGAGUUGUAUGAUGGAGAUUUACAGAUAAAUAAGAAGAUUAAAAAAUUACUGAAGCACACAGCAAGUGGCGUUGAGCCCAAAGACAGGUGUUCAGCAAAAUCUAGAAGCCAAAAUCUGGUGCCUAAAAUAAAGCCAAGUAUAGAUAAAACCAAAGUUAAAAGUGAGGUAGUUGAACAGCAAAGAAAAGCAGCAAACAAAGUAAAGCCUUGCAGUCAAAGUAGGGGUAAGUUACGUGCUGAACAUGAAAAAGAUAAGGCUGAUUUUCAGAAACAGUGCAGCAGGCUUGUAAAGCUUCCAACAGCUUUGGACAAUAGUGAAUUGAUUUGGCAAAACUCAAAGGAAGAGGUGCUUGCUGAUGAUACUAACAAGCUUCAUGUUUUGAAACAAAACCCUUCAGGGCAAGGAAGGAUUAGGCAAAAGUACCCAAAUCUUCCACAGCAUAACAUUCAGCCAAAUUCUAAAAUUUUAGGUUAUAUUUCAUCCAUAACUAGUCUGUCAAAUUUUUAUAUUCACUGUGCAGAGGAUGAGAAUAAAAUUGUGCAGCUUGCUGAGGAACUAAAUAGAGACACACUGGUUAUAGAGCCAGAAACAGGUGUUGAACUUGAGGAAGGUGACAUGGUUUUAGCAGAGUAUGAAAUUGAUUGCUGCAUCUACAGAGCUGUUGUUAGAAAAGUUACAUCACAACAGUUGUUCGAGGUAGAAUUCAUUGACUAUGGUAAUACAUCAACUGUCCAUGCCUCAAAACUCCACAAGAUGGAAGAGGUGUUCUUAAACUUGCCAAGAUUCAGCAUACAUUGUUUCCUUAGUAAAACCAAAUGUGUGUUUCCAGAUAAAAAUUGGAGUAGUGAUAUUGCUGCCUACUUUGACAGUAAAGUAAAUAAAGAGCCACUAAUUUUUGAGUUUUUACAGCAACAUGGUUCACAGUGGGAGGUUAAUAUUUUCUGUCAUGGGCUGUCUGUGAUCAAUGAAUUAAUGGAGAAAGAAAUCAGUUUAGGUUUACAUAAUAUGCUUGUGUUAGAUUUUGACCAAAUUGCAAAACAGCUUCCAGUAACAGAUGCAGAUACUGAUGGUAAUAACCAAAAUCCAAAACUUGAAAGUCAAAAUGUAUAUGAAGCAGCUAAGGCCAGAGCUGCCUGGGAAAGUCUUCCUAGAAUUUCGUGUCAAAAAGUUAAACCUGGACAGUUAGAAAUAGCUGAAAUAGUUCAUAUUUCAAAAGAUGGAAGCUUCUAUGUGAAAUUAAAUAAGGAUACAGAGAUAUUGUUGAAUUUAAAUGAGAUGGCUGCUCAAGAAGCAGAGAAGAGUGCCUUCCUUACAGUGGAAAAUAUUAAGGAAGGAUUAGAAUGCCUGGCAAAAUCAAAAGAAACAUUGAAAUGGUAUCGGUCUGAAGUUAUACAAACAUAUGUGAAUGAGCACUGCAUGUUGGUUUUGCUAAUAGAUUUGGGAAAAUAUGAAACUGUGUCAUUUCAUGAUGCAAAAAUGCUGAGUGACAAAAUGAGGAGUAUUCCAAGGAAUGCAGUGCAUUGUAAAUGGACUUGGCUUGGAAAUCUACAUAAUCAGUCUUUUGAGAGUGUAGUGGAGAAGAUAGAAUGCUAUGAGCUAAAGAUCUUGUUUCUGAGAUACCUAGAAGCGGUUUCAAUUUGGGAAGUAGACAUUUUAGUAGAUGGGAUUCUGCUCCUGGAAUAUUUGAGUCAAAUACCUUACCAGAGGAAAUUAGAGAGCUGUAAUGUACCAGAAAAUAUAAAUGUGGAUAAAAGAAAGUCAUUUGUGCCAAAUUCCAUUUCAUGGCUACCGUUCCAGAAUGACAGAUGCUAUCCUGGAUUUGCCACAUCAGUUACUGAUCCUUCAAGUUUCUGUAUCCAGUUAGAAGACUCAUUUAAGACUCUAAAAACAUUGUCCAAGCUUCUUUCAGACCUUCCAGAAAACCUGCCAACUUUACCAAGGGAACUUGUCAUUCCUGGUGCCGGUUGUUUGAUCAAGACUGGAUCCAAUGGAAGGUGGAACAGAGUUGAAGUCUCUGAAGUUUCCAAUUGUUUAACACUUAUCUUUGUUGAUGAUGAUGGAUUAUCCAUUCCCAUUCCUAUUUCUGAAAUUCACAAGCUGAAAAUCAUUCCAGAAAGGCUUAGUAGUUUACCACGAUUAACUUAUUGUUGCUCUUUAUUUGGAGUGUCACCUGCUGAUGGGCAACACUGGAAUGAUGAAGCGAAGCUUAAAAUUCAAGAAUUUCUUGCUAGGCCAGGUCUCUCAUUCCAAUUCAAGCCAUACCACUGUGGACUAAAGUUAGAAGUGGAUGUUUUAUGUGAACAGAACAAUGCAGCAGAUGUAUUAGUUGCUUCUGGUUGUGCUGUAUAUUCUAAAAGAGCAGUCUCUCUUGGCUCAAAUAAUUCUGCAGAGUUUAGUCUGUUCAAUUCACAAAUUUCAUGCAAUCUAUUCCAAAUGUGUGGUCAGAAGAAUUCCAGUGCAACAAUUUCUUUGCUAACUGGUCUAAAAGAAGGGCCACAGAAAACAAAACUGCAAUUCAAAUAUGUUUCUAACCGAAAUUUAAAAUGGAGCAGCUUGAAAAGACAAACUACUAAGACAAAAGGGGGACAGAAGGUGCUCUUAAAUAGUAAUGAAAAAAAUGAAAACCAGCUUAAUGACAAGUUAUCUAAUCAACAGUGUGACAGAGAACUCAAUCAAGCCCAUUCCUCAGGCACAGAAUCAGAAGCAACACACACACCGCAGAUAUGGAGAGAGCCAAGCAUAUAA